AAUAAGCGUAUUAGCGUACACUGGAUGACAAUAUUAUGGGUCCAGACGCCGACCAAGCGAAUGUUUUGCUGCUGACAUUUAAGACGAAGAUUGAAGAAGCAGUUAGUCUUGUGAAUCAGAUGCCUGAAGACAUGAGACAAGAUGUCUGGCAGUUCUGGCAGAAGGUAUCAACAGUAAUCAAAGCAGCAACCAUUGGAAUCAAGAAACGGAAACCUGUUCCAGGUGGAAAGGAUCUGGCACCUCAACCAAGGAAAAGUAGGAAGAAAAAGUUGAAAGCAUUAGCAGAGAAAAGUGAUGAUGAAGUUGUGGAGGAGUUUGUGUUGGACACCCAAACUAUUACAAACACAACUCUGCCCUCUGAUCUGCCUGCAGAAAACACUUACAGUCAUGAUACAUUUGCCCAAGAUUUGAAACUGUUGUACAGUUCUGUGUAUUCUGCCGAGACCUCUGAUGCUGUGGCAGCCAUGAUAGCAAUCAAUGACCCUAGUUCUGUGAGUAAUAUUGAAGGAAACAAAGUCCUAGACAACCAUCCAAGUUUGGAGGAUAGAACAGACAUACAAUCUCAAGGACCUGGGUCCAUUAACAUUGUUGUGCAGGAUUUCGUUGAUGAUCAGGUGAUCACUUCAUUAGUGACAAUAGAUAAUCCUAACUCACCUCUGAAAAAAAUAGUUCCAAAACCUAGUCCUAAACCGAAACCUACAAAAAAGAUUGGUGUAAAAAGAAAACCCAAAAAGGAAAAAGUAAAGGUGGAAAGUGCAGAAAUAUUAGAACAAACUGUCUCGGAAGCAAAUGAUCCAGAAAAGCCAAAGCCAAAGAAGACUCCGAAGAAAAAGAAUGCAGCUAAAAAGAAAUUAGAACCUAAUGCUGGAGAUGCUAUAUCUAAAUUAUUAUCUGAGAAUAUGGGUUUACCUGAAACUGAAAAUGUUGGUGGUCAUCCAGAGUCAGAAGGCGUCACUCCUGAGGUUGGUGAAACUCCACUUGCUGAGAACAAAUCAGCUAACAAAAAGUCAGAAAAGAGGCCAAGGCGAUCUACUCGACCACCCAAACCUAAGAAACUCCCCACAGACCAACAGGAGAUUGAUAGGGCUAUUGAGGGGGAGGGUGAUGGGGAGGGGCGGAAACGUCGGGUGUACAAACCAGGUGAGCCUAAGCCCGACUUGGGUCCAGUCAACUGUGAAGUGUGUGGAGUACAACUCGCCUAUCUGUCUUCUUUGGCAGCCCAUAUGCGGAAGCACACAGGAGAUCGGCCAUUCAGCUGUGGUGUCUGCAACAAGCCAUUCACCACCAAGGCAAACAUGUUGCGACACGAGAAGACCCAUUCCGGUGAGAAACCAUUCGAGUGUGAAGAGUGCCACAAGUGUUUCACUGAGAAGAAGACACUCAAGGUUCACAUGAGGAGUCACACUGGAGAGAGGCCAUUCAAAUGCCCUGAGUGUAGCAUGGCGUUCACACAGAGUGGCACCCUGAAGACUCACAUGCACCGACAUAGCGGCCACAAGGGGAACCUCUGUGACUUGUGCGGCCGGGCGUUCCGGCAGAAGUCUCAACUCCGCAUACACCUGAGAAGGCACUUCAACCUCAAGUCCUACCAGUGUGACAAGUGUGACCAGACAUUCUACUGUAAAGGUGACCUGACCCGACAUGAGUUGCGUCAUACCGGAGAGAGACCUUUUGCAUGUGCACAAUGCCCUAAAACAUUCACUCGCCUGCAGUACCUCAAGGAGCACGAGAACCAGCACAACGGCGUAACCCCCUACAGCUGCGACAUCUGCUCCAUCAAGUUCUCCGACCACUCCUCCCACUACCGACACUUACAGAAACACAAGAAAACCAUCAUGGACGCUUCCACUGAGGACCAAGUCCAUCUUGUGGUGGACAGUGAAGCCAUUGAGAACGAGACUGUGGACAGUGUUCCAGCCUUGCUGGUCACCGCGGACCACAUCCAGCACUUGUUUGGUGUCAACACCUCCAACCAGGGCGAGGUGUAUCGUAUUGCCCUGGUAGAUCAGACAAUGGACGAGGAACACCAGGUCCAGGAUCCCAGUCAGGCCGAUUUCUCUGCAAUCAACCUCCUGGCCAAUGCUACGACACAGCUGUCAAUGACACAGGAUACAGACUCUGAUUUGAAGCAGAUAUCACUGCCCCAGUUGUUGAACUGAUAGUGGCAGGUUUAGGUUGUUCACACCACCAGUACUUCACAGGCUUGUAUGCACUGUACCUAGAUUACCCUUAGGGAAGCAUUAAAAUUCCAUGGUGAUUUUAUGUGCCACCUCAACAUUUGAGGAAGGCUAUUGGAAAAAACAUGUUUGAGGAACAAUGAAGUAUCCCAACAAACCAAACCCUGACACACCUAACUUGGCUGUCUAAUAAAACAUCAGUUGUAAAGUUUGUCUUUUAGUGGAUAACACAGUAUGCUUUAUAUGACGAAAUCAAACUUCUCUUUUUGUCAAUUGUGAUUGGCAAUUUGAAAUUACUGAUGCAUAGGAUUGAAAUUGAUGUGCUGAUACCAGAUGUGUGUGUGUGCAUGCGGGCAUGCAUGUUUCUGUUUAUUUGUGUUGUUUUUGCAUGAAUUUAUCUGUUUCAUGGGGCUCAUAGUUGUUGCUAUCUGUCAGUUUGUGUUGAACAUUUUUGUGUUGACUAGUCAGUGUUUGCUUGUUUAUAUGAUAUUGUGCAAUAAGAUAGAAUAAAUAUAGAUUUAGAAUUAGUAUCAUGAUGUGGUAAGGUAAUGCAGGCUGAAGUCGUUAUCAGAUUGGGUUGUUCUAAACUUGUAAAUAUACAGAAUGAAAUCAUGAAUGGAUACAUAUGCAGGGCUCCAGAUAAAGGCCGUAUCGCUGUAUGUACGGAUAGAAAAUAUGCACGAUACGGUAGUUUAAAAUUAGAAAACGUAACAGAUACGCACCACAGCAAUGGUGUACGGUCUUAGAAUCAUUUACAGAUGUAUUUAUUUGUUUUAUUGUUUAC